AUGACAACGAUGCGCAACGAGAGGGAGGAAGACGGCGUCGCAUUGGAAACUUCUUACUUCUUCUUCGACGAGGAUUUUGCAGUUGAAGUGAGUAAUUCCACACACAUUACAUCAAAUGAUAUUGUUCCAGAUUAAUGUGUGAGAGACUAUCAAUGUUGCGAAGUAAUGGACUCCCAUAGUCAUCCGCCCCUUUCUCAACCUUUACACGUUCCAAUUCGUUUUCAUCGGGGAUCGUGUUACCUUCAACGCUCAUUGACCUCCACGUCAUCAGCGUUCUAGAAGAUUCUUCCACACGAAAGGUCGAGAUCAAGAUGGCAACGGUCUUCUCCAAAUGCAUCAGUUCUCGUUCUGCGCUUCACCGUUCGCCUUCCUUCCACUCCACGGCAUCGCCAGACGAAACUCAUUCCAGUUCCAAGUUCUCCCGGCUUCACCUCACCGUCUCCAGGAACUCAAGCGCCUAGUCUCGUCCACGCCAGGAUUGUCGCGCCCUCUAUGGAACCCCCUUCUGUUCAAUUCAAUAGUUGGAAAAGUCCACGAGAAGGUGAGACCAUCCGAGCGUGUUUUCCUUUUUUUCCGUCCUUGGCUCGAACGGAAAAUUCACUAACAUCGUUUCCUCUCUGAAACUCUUCUUGUUAAUCUCAUUAGAAUCGGUCGCGAUCCCCGCGCUACCACGCCAAAAGCCAAAGGUAGGGUUGGCCAAGUUCUUUUACGCCCUUUAAGCAAUUGCCAAGAUGAAUAGGAUGUUCUUCGUGUCAAAAACCACCGUCAAUGUCCUCUAAACAGCGCGUAUCAAUGCCAAUUCCAACUGCCAAAACGUGUCGGAACAGGAGAACAUCGCAAAUUCCUUCAGAACCGGUUCAGUUUCAAAUGUUCUCUUCCCGCCACUGCCGCCUUCGCUAUUGUGUCAUUCUUUUGCAUACACCGUCGCUACCACAUCAAUCAGAUCUCCUCUUGCCUAGAAAAUCACCUGAAACGUGUGGCUGCGAGUGAAUAUUGCGUUCCAACUAUAAAUUAUCGCAAAAAUCCAUUUUCCUUCUGUUUUUUGUAACCUUCAUUGGCGCCAGUACCAUCCCAAAACGUAGUUCAUCCCAUUUUGUUACUGAAAUUCAGAAAAAAUUGACGUCUCGUUAAGAAAAAAGGAUAUUCAUAUAGGAAAAUACGUGUUUGCACAUUCUCAAUGGGGCGCACUUGCAACACGUGGUGCUGUGUCGAUUUACGGGCCGCCGAAAUCAUUCUCUUUUUUUUCGCGGGAAUUCGAGUUUUUCUCAUGUUUUCAGUACAUUACACCGAUGUUUUUCGACGUCUUUGGGAUUUUUAUUAUUAGCUAGGACACAGGCAACAUUUUGGUAACAGAAAUCUCGCAUGUUGUUGAGAUUUUGCUGACAAAAUACGAAUUGAAAAUUGUUGGCCUUUCUGUCUCUCUAGCUGAGCGCAGGCAGCAUAUUUUUUUGUUGCAUUCAGUUUUAGUCAAUAGGAAAUUCAAUUUCCUCUCGCAAAAUAGCUAUGUACUUAUAGUUUAUUAUCGGAAAAAACUUCCACAGACUAGAAAAACGACGUCACUACAUAUUUAUUGACUUUUCGUGUGCUGGCAGGCAAAAAUUAUUACCAAAUCUGACGUUUUGAAUGUGUUUAAAGUGAGAACAAUUGCUUUUGUGAAACGUUUCGCGUACUAACCACAUCUCAGUUCACAAACACGGACGUCAUUAUUGUUUUUUUUCAGUGAAAUGGAUUCAAACAAGAUUCUCUUCACCUACCCGACUCAAAUUUCGAUUAUGAACCACUUGACGUUUCAAGGCAGAAAGGAUAUGGCGAGUGUCUCGAAAAAUUUCCGGCGAUCGGACGCGAUCAUGCCGUACAGGGUACCAGACGUCCAAAUCUUGAAGGCAAGACAGAGGGACAGAGGACGGAUUGAUAUAGGAGACUAUGGAAUCACUUUUGCCCCGUCAACAAAUGGAGGAUGUUCUUCAACAUUUCGUUGCCGUUGUACGGUGAGCGGAGGGUACGUACCCGACGAUUGCAAGGUAUCCAUGAAGAAAUGGGUACAGCACCAUUUCAAUAGACGUGGCACAAAAAUUGAAACUCUCACUCUCGAAGUAAGUUUUUAUGUGAUCUUUUUAUCGGAAAUCAAUGUUUUUAGGGGUUUCCGUACUGCCUUGAAGACUGCACCGAAAUGGAGGUCAAACAUUUGAAGAUGUUGAACGUCGACAAUCCACACCCAACGGAAUCGACUUGGUUCCCCGGAAUACUAACGGAUAGCGUGAGAACGACUUUUCUUUUCAAAGAUGACACUGUGAGCAUAUAAACAAAACGCUCGAGCUUACAUUUUACAUUCAGUUCCUGAAAGCGCCUGUCAUCAAAUUCAACAUGAUGAUAGGAGACGAAGAUUUGAUUCCGUUGCUCCGAGCGCACAAGAUCACACAGAUUGCGACUUUGGAAAUUCAUCAAAUCAUCUUCUAUGCAAACACUUUUGUCCAACAAAAAAGACCGAUCGACUUCCAGUUUCACUUUGAAUUUUACCGAAGCCGCGAUUCUCACGCUUUUCUCCUCAAAGCAACCGGACUAGAGGCUAAGAGAACAUUCUUCAGGAACACGUAUGUUCGAGUGUUGUCAUUGUUAUCCACCCUUAUUGACAUCAUUUCAGUAAAUGCAUCACUAUCGAAGGGGUCCAUGCGGAGCUGAACAUCAUCAAGAAGGACGAAGGCGUGAUCAAAUGGAUGAUGGUGAUGAGUCCGAAAGGCACGGCGGAACCCUUUGAUCGUUUCGAUUUCCUUUUUCUUUUCUCUGAAAUGACAUUCUGAACUUCUCAUCUAUCCACUGUUAGAGGAUAAUUGGCCCACAUUCCCUAAACACUCUUUGGUGGUCCGCACUUACGGGUGUGGCCCUCGUCACAGUAUUUCUCACCUUCUAAUGUAUAUUCCUGGUCCAUCUUUUUUCAUUAAUUGUGUCCGGUUUUAAACAAAAUGAAUAAAUGAACUGCCCCUUAGUUUUUGAAUCUCUCAGGAUUACUAUUACAGAGAGAGAAAGAAAGAAUUAUAGAGAGAGAAAGAAAAAAAGAGAGAGAGAGAGAGAGUAAUAAACUCUCAAAAUUAUUUCCGGGGGGUUAUUUGUGAUGCUGAUUUUGAUUUUCAAGGUCUUGGAGUGGUAUUUUGUUUAGGAAAGACGAUAUAUUCAAUUUUAGGGGUGGCCCUAUACCUAUGACACGCACUGUACUUCACCAAGAGAACACACCUGCCUACGACAUUGAUAAUGACACGGCUCCAUUCCGUUCGGCGAUGCGAAGAGAUAUUUUGGCUGGCAAGUUGGAAAAAUGAUGCAAGCUGACAAAAAUGUACCAAUUUUCCGUCUUUUCUCACUCAAUUUGCCAUUCAUCUCACUUCAAAUUUCUAGCAAUUUCUUUUUUUCAGUCCCUUUCCAAAUUUCGCUAUCCAGUUUUCUCUUCGUAUUCCUGCUCUUCUCUUCUUGCAUUGGAUCCGUAAUGCCGGUUAUUUACGUCGUGCCGACGUAGUUCCAGGCUAAUUUUAUCAAAAUUCAAGAACCCUGAUGGUAAUUUUGUAACCCAAUAUAUUUAUCUCUCAGAACUCACUAACUUUCCAUCUAUUUUCCACUUUCUUCACAUCGUCUUUCUUUGAUAAUAAUUGCAUGUAUUUUUCCUUUGAAAUUGGUGUUUUUUCUGUGGAUUGCGCUACUCCACAAUAUGUUACACCAUGUACGAUAAACCGCGCGCAAUGCGUCAUUCCGGAGCGUCGUUGCAAUUAUUUCCUUUUUCGUAUUCAUUUUGCUCAGUUUUCCAAAGCAACAUCGGCGCGAGACGCUGUUAAAUCAACAAAAAAAUGAACUUAAAUCAGGUUAGUUGUUUUUGCAGCGAUAAAAUUACUCAUUUUCGAUGUGGAAAUUGCAGAUACACCGGUCUACAAGUAGUGAUCGACUUUUGGAUGAUUAGAGGCAUUGUCAAGAGGGAGGAGAGGUCGUUUCGAGUCCAAAUAACGCGAAAUGUUCUCGUGCUUGGAGAAAAUGUCCGGAGGAUCAAUGUGCUCGAACGAAACACGAAUUCAAUCGUCUAAAUCCGAAACACCAGUCAGUCUGUGCUUCAUAGCGUCCAAGAAGACGCAAAGUUCCAAAGAUUGCCAACAUUUGCAGCGCAAUAUCUUCUACUACAUCAAUUCCGGCGGAAAGGACAGUUCUUCGGUAGCGGUUAGUGUAAAAGACUCAACAUACUUCGCCGCUAAGAAUUUUCAGAUUAUUUCAUGGAAAUGAAUGAAGCCGGCAAGAAACCGCGAUCGAUGAACAAUAAGAGCUGACGUUCAGUCGCGGAUAUGUGACCGAGAACGUGUUGGUCAGAAGUGAUGGAAAGUCCGUUGACUGUGUCCGAGAUUCGAAAUCUCGCUAACAGACGCAUCCGUUCGUUGGAAACUUCCUAUAGUUGAGCGACUGAAUGCCAACCGACCACCAACUGAUACUGCUUAACACACCAAACGGAGAAACGUCCAUUAUGAGUCCCGUACCGCUUCUGAACGGAAUUCGAUGCAAUCUGGGUAGCAUAUCAACCGAGACGGCAUUUGCACAUGAACUACUCCAUUAACGACUGAAUGAUUCCUGGAACCAUUUUGCGGAUAUCAGAAUGUGGCCUUUUGGAAUGAAUACAUUUCUGCUCCUGUUCAUUGUUUUUCAUUUCUCUCUCUCUCUCUCUCUCUUGUUUAUCUGCUAUUCCUAAAAAAAAUUGCUUUCAUUCAUUUUGUGUGUUACAUCAUACAUCGGUGUACUCAACCGUUGAUUAUCUGAUCUUGUCCCAUUCUUUAUCGUGACAUUCCAAUUAUUUUUUCAGGGUUUAAUGGCUCCAAGUGCUCCAGCUAAGACCGCUAAGGCUCUCGAUGCCAAGAAGAAAGUGGCUAAGGGACAGCGCACCACCCACAAGCGCACCGUCCGCACCUCGGUCCACUUCCGUCGCCCGGUUACGCUCAAGACCGCCCGUAACUCGCGGUAAGCCAUCUGCUCAUACGAACUUUCAUCAUUGUUGAAUUAUUUCAGCUACCUACGCAAGGCUGCCCCGGCUACUGCCAAGAUGGACCACUUCCGUGUCAUCCAGCACCCACUCACCACUGAGUCGGCCAUGAAGAAGAUCGAGGAACACAACACCCUUGUCUUCCUCGUCAACAAUGACGCCAACAAGUACCAGAUCAAGGAGGCCGUCCAGAAGCUCUACAACGUCAAGGCCCAGAAGGUUCAUUUGAAACUGAAAGUAGGGUUCAGAAGUAAAUAGAUAUUAUUUCAGGUUAACACCCUCAUCACUCCACUCCAGCAGAAGAAGGCCUACGUCCGCCUCACCGCUGACUACGACGCUCUUGACGUCGCCAACAAGAUCGGAGUCAUCUAA